AUGCGUCGUGGUCGGUAUGCCCCUGGCGCGGCAGCCUCCGCACAACUUUCGAGCUCCAGGGCUCACAGACUACAGCCGACACUGUGGUUCAAGAUUGCACUACUUAGCAACUGCCUUGCUGGUCAGCUUGCAUUUGGAGCGUUCUCAUUGCUUCCGCGAGGGACGCUGAGGACACGAGAUAGAUGCGGCGUCAUCCUUCGAGCAGAACACAGCCCUGAAGGUCUUUGGUCAGCUCGACCAGAAGAUCGCGAGAUGACAAGUGCGGAGAUGCAGCUUCGCUUCGAACGUAAUGGCUUCUGCCAUGUGCCCUCGUUCUUGACUGUGCCUGAGGCUUCUUCACUAGCCCAGGAACUCGCACAUGUCCAGUCCUUGGAAAUCUGCGAGAUGGCAGCUCUGCAGCACGAGUUGAGGCAGCAUGUUGCCCCAGCUCUCGCGAGAUCCUGCCGCACAACGCAGGACUGCAAGGAAAUGCUGCAGAAAUAUGAGAAGUCAGGGAAGGUGAAGUUUUUGCAAUACUUCAACUUGCAUCGUCACAGUGCUCUCUUGCGCCGAGCUGCUCUAUCUCCUCGCCUGGCUUUGUGGGCAGCUCGCUUGCUAGGUGUCUCUCAGGUUCGCCUUUACCAGGAUGCACUGUUCAUGAAGUACCCCCGACAUGGCCCAACACGCUGGCAUUCCGACCUUGCCUUGGCUCCCUUCGACACGAACGCUUUCGUGACGGUGUGGCUCGCUUUGACCCCUGUCCCAGCCAAAGGGGGCGCGGGACUCCGGUUUGCUCAGGGCAGCCACCGUGACUAUACUCUCCAGUAUCAUAGCGAUCUUGCAGAAAGCUACACGCAGGACGAUUUGAGCAGCCGUUAUCUUAUAGCAGAAGGCACCGACUUAGAGCCCGGCGAUGCAACAUGGCACCACGGCUGGACAUUGCACGCAGCCUCGCCCUUGGAUAGGUCGGCAAGAAGCCCACGGGUGGCCUGGGCUAUUAGCUUUGUAGCUAGUGAUGCCCGGAUACUUCCGGAGGAGUCUCUGAGCAUCGUCCAGGAAGCAGAAGACUCCGUGUCUUUCCGGCCUUGGAUCGGCAAGUUGCGGCCUGGAGGUCGUGCAGAACACGCAAUGCUGCCGCUGCUGCCGGUAGAAGCAUGA